AUGGCGUCCCCCGGCACUGGAAGAAGAGGGCCGUCAAGGUCCGCCGUCGUGGCCAACACGACGAGCGGGCACCACCUUCUCACCAUCCACGGCUACUCCCGCACCAAGGGCGCCAUUCCCACGGGAAAGCGCAUCAAGUCCCGCUCUUUCUUCAUCGGCGGCCACCGCUGGCGGAUCGAAUACUACCCCAACGGCUCGAAGCCGGCAGUCGCGGAUUUCGUGUCCCUCACCCUGUUGCUACGCGAAGACGUCGCGGCGGGGGUGAAGGACCAGUUCGACAUCUGUCUCGCCGGCGGGGAGGAGGCGGCGCCGGCGCGGAGGAGGCGGCGCUGCAAGCGUCAUCGAUGGCGUCGAGAUCGUACCUUCAUCAAAAGGGAUGAGCUGGAGAGCUCCAAGCAUCUCAGGAACGAUUCGUUCACCGUCCGGUGCGACAUCGUAGUCUUCCACGGUUACUGUGCGGCGGAUGCGGCGGCCUUCAUCUCCGUGCCCCCUUGCGACCUGCGCCAGAACCUUGGCAGGCUGUUCGAGACCAAGAUGGGUGCCGAUGUGGUGUUUGAUGUAGGUAGUGAGACCAUUGCCGCGCACCGGUGCGUGCUCGCGGCCUGCUCACCCGUGUUCGCGGCUGAGCUCUUCGGACCCAUGAAGGAGGGUAAUGCCGCCGGCAGCAGCGUGCGCGUGGAAGACAUGGAUGCGGAGGUGUUCAAGGCGCUGCUUCGUUUCGCGUAUACUGGCUCGUUGCCAGAUAUGCGCAAGGAAGAGGAAGAUGUCACCUGCCAGCAUCUGCUCGUUGCGGCGGACAGGUACGGCAUGGAGCGGCUGAAGCUGAUCUGCGAGGAGAAGCUGUGCAAGUACAUCGAUGUUGGCAGGGCGGCAAGCAUCCUCAUGCUGGCCGAGCGGCACCACUGUGAGGGGCUGAAGAAGGCGUGCUUCAAUUUUCUCGCCUUGCCGGCAAAUCUAAGGGCCACCGUGGCCACCGACGGCUUACAACAUCUCAGCGAGAGCUGCCGGUCUCUUAUGGUCAAGCUCAUGGCCAUGUCAUUGGAUAAUGCCUCUGAGUGUUCUAGCAAUGUUAAAACAUCUUUCUAG